AGCAAGGAGGAUUCCACGGAGAAAGGUAAACCUGCCUGUAUAGUCGAUGGAAGAGAAGCAAGAGCGUUGGACGUUUUCUGGUUUUUAAAACCUUGCACAACACUUUUCCUCCAAAGUAUUGAGCAACAAAUUAAGAGGAAUACCAUUAGAUCAUAGCACUAAAUCUCUAUACUACCUGACAUUUAAACUCACCUAACAAUAACAACAUGAUGGUUUAAAAAGAUGGGGUGUACCGAGCAGUUUGAUGGGUGUAUCACGCAAAAAAAACCUGGGCCUCACAGAGCCCAUUCCCAAAACAGCGCCAACCACCCCGCGCGGUUUUAUCCUACGACGAACAAUCAAACCAAAAGAAACACAAAACAAAGCGCUGAAAACUCGCAAACACCCACGUCAUCGAUCCUCACUCACCCUUCACCUCCAUCUCCACCGCGAACACAAAUCCAUCGACUGCCCAAAACCUUCCUUCCAUCUACCACGCGGAUCGACCCUCAUCUCAGGAUCCCACAUCGCCCUAUAAAUACCCACAAAAUCCAAACACUCCAUGCAUUCCCCAAAAGCAAACGAGUUCUCUCUCACUUUCUCUGCAAUUUUCAGUUUUGUGUUCAGGUUUUUGAGAAUUUUGGCUGGCAACAAUGUCUGGACGCGGAAAGGGAGGCAAGGUGUUCGGCAAGGGAGGAGCAAAACGUCACCGGAAGAUCCUCCGUGACAACAUCCAGGGCAUCACCAAGCCAGCGAUUCGCCGCCUGGCCCGCAGAGGUGGCGUGAAGCGAAUCAGCGGCCUGAUAUACGAGGAAACUCGCGGCGUCCUCAAGAUCUUUCUCGAGAACGUGAUUCGUGAUGCCGUUACCUACACGGAGCAUGCAAGGAGGAAGACGGUGACGGCCAUGGACGUUGUCUAUGCGCUCAAGAGGCAGGGCAGGACUCUGUACGGAUUCGGGGGUUAGGGUUUUGCUGUCAAAGGGACUGGGGAUUGGUAUCGGGUAUUUUUAACGUAUAGGUUUUAAAUAAAAGUGGUGUCAUGUAAGAUACUACUAAACCCUUUUUAUGAUAUGAAAUUUCAUUAAUUACUAUUAAUUUAAAAAAAAAUUAUUGCACCUGUAUUUCUUCUUUUUUUUUGGUCGAAAUAUUGCACCUAUAUCUAUC